AGACGAUUAACAAAACACCUCAGGAGAUUUGGGAGAAUUUCACACAACGUCGACUUUGAAACUGAAGUCAGUAUGAAGCUGUGUUAAUAUUACGGCUCGAUAUUGUAGUUUUGUGUUCGGUUGCAAUGCUUCCUCCCGGCCGGCAGAUGGGACUACUGCAUCCGUUUUCACCACUUGAGUUUUGAAGAGACACUCACGCGUAUCUCGAAGGCAUGCACACACACCUCUUCUCGUGUAUAUCGUUGUAACUACAUUUUUACAGUGAACAUUAAGAGACCUUUUGACUGUAACGGUAACUCGUGCGCGUGCGACUGGCGCCCAAUAAGAGAGCUGAACACCAUGUCGACAGUCUUCUCUUUCCAGACACAGCUCGUCUCCAUCAUGGACGCGUUAUCCAAAACAGCUGUGAUGGAAAUAAGCAAACUGGUCGAGAUCGAGUCGAAGAUGCUGAAAAUUGAGAUAACUCGAGGGCGGAACGAGAUCGCCUCGCUCACAGAGAAGCUGCAGCUGAUGGAGAAAUUGCUGUACAUCGCACAGGGAGGCAGGCAGGACGCAGCAGCAGCAGCAUGCUCAGCGGUGAGGGAUGGGUCAGAGGACGGGAUACUGGAGCCUGACAGGGCAAGACCUGCCAUAAAGAGUGAAAGUCCAUGGGAGAGCAUAAGUUCCUCCACUGAGAUGAACAAAUGGCAUCAUCCUCAAGGUGAAGAGCAUGUCAUAGCUGAGAUGCCGAACCCAGUGAAAGAUCAGCCUGAACUGAUCGUGGUAAAGGAAGAGCCUUCAGAGGCGGACAACAGAGACUGUGACCAAGAGAGGACAAGUGAAAACAGAAGGGAAUCUUUCCCAGACACACGGCAGAGUCCAGAAGUGAUGCAGUGUCCCAAAUCCAUCGCAGAACGUCAGCAGCCUCUGUUUACCGACCGCUUUGUGACCAUGAGCGCCCAGCUGUCUCUUGCUGGACCGGGCAGGAGGGAAACACAGUGGAAUCCUCAGCUCACACCUGCACACACAACACUAGUGGCUGGGAAAAGCUUGGCUCAGAACGUCGCCUCCCAAAGCUUAAGCGUGCUCAGGAACAUGAAGCUUCACAACUUGAGGAACUCAGGUGCCAAGAGGUUCGGUUGCUUGCAGUGCGGCAAGAGCUUCAGAUGCUUCAGCCAGCUCGAAAUACACCAGAGGAGUCACACGGGAGAGAAACCGUUCAGGUGCACGCUGUGCGGAAAGAGAUACGCACAAAAAGGGCAUCUGUACACACACCAGCGCACACACACUGGGGAGAAGCCCUACCGCUGCCCUAUUUGUGGAAAGGGCUUCAUUCAGAAAUGUACUCUUGAUAUGCAUCAGCGUACACACACCGGAGAAAAACCUUUUGUUUGUAUCAAAUGUGGCAAAGGCUUUACAAAGAACUGUAAUCUGAAGAAACACCUGGCAGUACAUCUAGACCCCAGUCUGAACAUGUACGGGAGUGAAUCCAGUGUGCCGACAUUUAGUGGGACGUUCAUAAAUGGAACCACCUAAAACAGCCAGUCAAAUGUAACCUACUGCUGUUUGAAAUAUUUUGUGCAUAAUAAACUUAUCUUUGCUCCA